CUUGCAACACCUACAUGGUAAGGUAUUUUUUGUUGGCGUACAUAUCUAAAGGCACAUACAUGUACAUGUAUGAUGGUGCCACAGUGGUGAGACAUCAUUUUUUUUGUGAGACCUGUGGAAAAGCUUUUCCCAUUCGAAGUCAACUUGAUGCACAUUUCAGGGUACACACUGGAGAGAAACCGUUUGUUUGUGAGACCUGUGGUAAAGCCUUUUCUUGGCCAGGUGCUUUAAGCAGACACGAAGUGGUGCACACUGGUAAGAAAACAUUUGUUUGUGAGACCUGUGGUAAAGCCUUCUCUCGGAACGAUAGUCUAAGCAAACACAAAAGGGUACACACUGGAGAGAAACCAAUAGCUUGUCAGACCUGUGGUGAAGCCUUUGCUAGUGAAAGUCAUCUACACGCACACGAGAGGUUUCAUUCUGAAGAAAAACCAUUUGUUUGUGAAGUUUGUCUCAGAGCCUUUUCUGAGCAAGGAAGUCUGAACAGACACAAAGCGGUGCACAAGAAAACCUUUGUUUGUGAGACCUGUGAUAAAACCUUUUGUCGGCAAGGUAGUCUAAGCAUACAUUUAAUAGUGCACACUGGUGAGAAACCAUUUGCUUGUGAGACCUGCGGCAAAGCCUUUUCUGGUCGAGGUGAUCUAACCAAGCACGAAAGGGUCCAUACUGGCGAGAAACCAUUUGGUUGUGAAACCUGCGGUAAAGCCUUUUCUGUGCAACACCGACUUAACGAACAUGCAAGAAUUCACACUGGUGAGAAACCAUUUGCGUGUGAGACCUGUGGUAAAGCCUUUACUGCGCGACCUCGUCUAAUAGAACACGCCAGAAUACACACUGGUGAGAAACCAUUCGUUUGUGAGACCUGCGGCAAGGCCUUUUCGCAGCGAAAUCAUCUGAAGGCACACGUCAGGGUUCAUACUGGUGAGAAACCAUUCGUUUGUGAGACCUGCGGUAAAUCCUUUUCUGAACGCAUAAGUCUAAACAGACAUGAAAGGUUACACACUGGUGAGAAACCAUUUGUUUGCGAGACCUGUGGUAAAGCCUUUUCUCAGCGAAGUACGUUAAGCAUGCAUCAAAGAAUCCAUAGUGAUGAGAAACCAUUUGUUUGUGAGACCUGUGGUAAAGCCUUUUCUGUUCAACGUAGUCUAAACAGGCAUGGGUGCCCAUUGACAAGGACUUAAUUGAACCAAGUUUGUUUGUGAGAUAUGUACUUUGGUAAAGCAGUUUUCUGAGGGUUACAUGUACAUGUAGUCUAAACUGGUAAGAAACCAUAUGGGCUCCGUGCACCUUUAGUACUCCUUCAAAGGCCAGAAAAGGAGAGUUGGGAAUGACCUAGACUGGUUCCCGGUCCAUCCACUGCGUAUUUCAAAUGAUCCAAAGUUGUUGAGGGCGAGGAUUAGUGUGGGACUCAGAGACCUUAGCAAGUUAAAUUUGAAUGUAUUCGCCCGCCGACAAAGCCUGAUCGACGCUCAUGCUAAGAAGCUGUGGCUAAUAGCUUUUGUACAUUCCGAAAAUUAUGCGUACUUCGCGAGCGAUAUCAGUACAGUUCAGUACACUCCCGCUGUGUGUCCCGUCCACAGUGCUCUCAAAAGUAGUAAAAAAUGCGCCCUCUUUUGUUGGCGCACGGAGCCCAUAGACCUAUAGUACAGCCUAAAGUCAAAGUCAUGUACUUGUACGUUAACAAACCAAACAUGAAAUGUUGCACACUGGUGAGGGACAAGUUUUCAUGUCCCAGCCUGGAUGAAGCCUUUACUUACAGUUUCUCUAAGCACACUCAAAAGGGUGCAGGCUAGAUAAAAACCAUUUGUUUCGGGAAUAUGUGAUUGAGCCUUUUUGGACUGUACCCGGUAUGUCUCUCUGUACGGUGACUGCUCUAUGUUCCGACACCCCUAUGUUCCGACAACCUAGAUUGUGUUACUCCCGGUUAGGGUUAGGGUUAGGAAUAGGAAGAUGUGCAGUCGAAACAUAGGGGUGUCGGAACAUAGAGGUGUUACCCUCUGUACCCAUAAAACACAGCUGAUCAACUGUUCCUUUAAAAAUCAUCUUACUUUAUGAUUAUACAUUUUUUUAAAGUGUUGAUUUUUUCCAAUAUGGAUAUGUCCGCGGCUGUGGAGCUACCUUAUUUGUCUGUUACGUAUUAAUGCGUAUGCUUAUUGUAAAGCUAUUUUAAUGUGUACCUGUGCAUUUAUUUGUAAUGUUAAUUUGCUGUGCUUUUUUUUGCAUUUUAGUGUUGAAUGGUUUGAUCUUUUUCGUUAACAAAAUGUAGGCAUGUUACUCUUUGGGUCUUGUGUCUGGUGUACCCACUAUUUUGAUUGAGCGUCCGGUUUUUCUUGAAAUUCACUCUCCGGCACAAUGUAUGAAAUAAACUUUAGACUGUGGCACAUACACAUAAAA